CAUCUUCGAAAUUAGGCUACAGGCUACUUUAUUUAUCUGCACGUUAUUCAGAAAUUCCACAUUUUUCUAUGACGUACCGUAAUGCCGAUAUUGCUCAUCAUGCAUUGAACCCGGUAGUUUAAAUGCUAACUAAAAAUAAAAAGGUGCUGCAGCGCAGCGUGUCCUGUUUCCAUGGCUACAAGCUGCCAUGCAGCGAUUGGGGCGGAGCCUCUGUCUGCCCUCUCCGCUUGUGUAUAAUGAUGAUAAAGGUUUUUUUUUGUAUGACUGUCAUUGUCACCGUUGCACAGAAACUCUAUCCCGACGUUUUACACCGGCAGUAACCGCGGACCAGAGGAAGAUGGCAGAAAUUGACAAGAUUAAAAACGAGGAAAUGUAUAUCGGUGAAAUCAAAGGUGGGCUUAGACCGUCCAUGAGACUGGUCGUCAUGGGUAUUGUCAAGCAGCAACCAAAGAGCAUGGUGGUGGCUGUGGUCUGCCAUCCCGAGGACGAUGCAGACAGCGAUGUGGGCCUGCAGGUGACGGUCAGCUUCCAGGACCGAGCCGUCCUGCGUAAUGCCCGUCUGGGAGGGAAGUGGGGUGCCUCGGAGAACGCCCUUUCCUACUUCCCCUUCGCUGCCGGGGAGCCCUUCAAGAUGGAGAUAGUAUGCGAGCACCAGCAGUUUCGGAUCUUGGUCGACGGUCAGCCCUUGUGUGGUUUCACUCACCGAGUUACCCAGCUUGCAUCUCUCACCGCCCUGCAUAUCUACGGUGACCUGCAGCUGACAAAGGUGGCCUGAAGACCGUGGUGUGGAGGGGGGCGGGGCGCAAGAGACAAAAGAGGGAGAGAGGACUCCUGUAACAUUAGCAUAAACAAGGAGAGCAGAAAUGACAGAGAAACCUUAACUGAUCCGAUGGAAAACAAUUCAGGAUGAUCUUCUUUGACAUCACUUCCUGUUUAUGCACUUUGGUUGCUUAGGGCUGAUCCAGCUCACAAUCUCACUAUGUGAAAUGUGCCUUCUUUAGUGGAUUUGUAAUCCUAAGACCCAGAAGUAUAAAUUGCUCUUGCUGACUGCCAUGUGGAGUAGAAGAUCCAUGGAUAAAUUACUCUAAACUCAUCAACUGAGUCCCUGAUACAAUGAAUUUUGGUUCACACCUCUUUCUUGCAUUAACACAAGAACCAAGUUAAGGACAUCAAGUUAAUACAUUUGCCAGAUCCUGUUUUGUGUGUGAUAACAGAUUCAAAGUGUGUGCGGGUGGAUGAAAGCACUUCCAUCAACAAAAAUCUGUUUUGUCCAUAAAUCACUGUAUGGACUUCCAGCAAUAUGUCAAUUUAAUUUAAUAUAGUUUCCAAUAAGCAAAAAACAAAAACAAAUAGUACUGUAUGUUACUCAUUUACUGUGUUAAUUUAGGAUGCUUUUUGUAUGAUGUUUUUAAUUCACUCAAAAAAGAUUCGUUAAAAAAAUGCUGAUACUUUUUCAGCAACAUGUAAGAACAAGUCCUUAAUUUGGUAAAUUUUAGACCAUUGCGUUAACUAUCUAUUGGAAUAAUAGGGUAUUUUCUGCCUUUUAAUUGUGAAUGUUUAUGAAACUUUAGAAGUUCCGAAUUUGAAUUUUGAAGUAUAUAGUACAUGAGGUGCUAUGUGGAAAAACCUUAAAAUUAUGAAAGAAAGAAUCUGGAAAUUAACUGUUUUUAAAACUUAGUAAGUUUCCUGAUGAAUGUAUUGUUUGUGCAUAAGCACUCUAUUGUUUUUUAUGUUUUAUGUUGCAAUAAAUAUAGAUAGAAUGUGAGUAGUGUUAAUAGACUAGUGAUUAGAAUUUGUCAAGAAUAUAACUAGAAUGUAAAAACAUUCUAGAUUGGAGAUUUGAACAUCAUUAGAAUGUGGUUAAAAUUUUGUUAUGAUCAUAUUAGAAUGGCAAUUGGAAUGUGUAUAGAAUGUAAUUAGAAUAUAGUGUUGAAAGAAUGAUUGGAAUACUGCUGCCACAGUAUAAUGUGGUCAUUGUGACAUCAUUAAAAUGUUACUAGUGGUGUAGGCACCUUAUUGUGAUGUCACAAUCAACCAGAAAUGUAGACAAUGAAAAACUGAAAACAAGGAAAGACGUGCAAGGCACAAUAAUCAUAGCAGAGAGUAAAAGUAAUAAUCAGACAUUAAGAAAUGGCUUCUUUGUACCACCGGUGCUUGAACAACCCCCCCCCCGCGAUCAAUGUAACGUGUUUUUUUUAAAAAAACAUCCAUUUUCAUUAUGAAACUACGUUGAUACCACUAUUUAUGCUUAGUAAAUAUGCUCAAAACAAAUGAAUGUGUUUAAUACCAAUUUUGAAGCAUUAAAUACAUUGCAAAUAUUA